ACACGGACCCAUGCAGGGAGCGGCUGUGCGGCCGCUCUCAGCAGUGCGUCGUCAGGGACGCGGGUGCUGUCUGCGUGUGUAAGGACUUCUGUAAGCCGCGGGACAAGCCGACGUGUGGCAGUGAUGGCGUCGUCUACCGCAACCACUGCGAGCUCCACCGCGCCGCGUGCCGGCAGGACAAGGUCAUCAAGGUCAGACACCACAGCGAUUGCGUCGCAAAGAAAGUUGAGGAGGACGAGGCAGUGAGCAACCUGGUGGUGGAAGCGAACAUCAAGGAGGAGGUGGCGCCCCCACCGGUGUGCGACGAUGACACGUAUCCGGAUCUGAAGGUCAAGUUGCUUGAGCAUUACAAGGACAUGCUGCUGGACAAGAAGGAUAGAGAUGCUCAGG